CUCCUCAUCUCUACUAUGAACGUCUAUGUCUGAUAUCAUCCACGGCCGCUCUACGGAAUCAUAGACGAAGGAACAUACCCCAGGUUCUUGAAACGCCCAUCCCGAUCCUUCAGUGGUGGCUAUGCUAUGCUAUGUCCUUUAGGCAGUUCACAUAUCGUACAUCAUCAUAAACGAGCAACGUCCGUCGAAUACAUAAACAGCUCCAAUUCUCCCAGCUCCUCACCGCCUAUCUCCCAAUCACAGAAAAAUCAAUACCACCCACCAAGUCCACCAAAAGAGAGAAAACAAUCCAAUAAAGCAAUGCCAACCAAAAACACCCUCAUCUACCUAACCUUCAUCAUGGCAUCCCUCCUCGCAACCCAAUCUACCGCCACACCGCACACUACUUCCCCACAAAACGCCAACGACAACAACCAGCACGAAGCCCGCCACGCCGCACCGGAACCACCACAGCACCAACAGAAACAAAAAGAAAAGAGAGAGCCAAAACCAAACCCAGCCGAAAAUCCCCCCAACCCCAACAUCGUGGUCGCAAACGGGAAAGCAUACGACCUCGAGGGCUCGGAGAUCAGCCCCGAGUUCGCGGUGGUGCUGCCGGAGGAUCUGAGGGCGGAUUUGUUCCAGGACAUGGGGUUGAGGGGGGUGGAUGUUGAUGUUGAUGUCGGUCAGGGAGGCUCGGGGGGUUCGGGGGAGAGGUCAAGAUGUGGUGGUGGGAGACGUGGGGUGAAUUAGGUGUUCUAUGAUAUUUCUAUGGUAUGGUAUGGUAUGCUAGUACGUGGUGUGGUUGAUUACGCAUAGUCGUACAGUGUUGUCGGCCCCUGA